AUGAACAGUCGAUUUGCUCUAAGUUCAGGUGAUGUGAUCAUAUCAGGACCUGCUGAUAUCUAUGCGGAGGAGGCUUCGGGAAUCACUACAAUAUUCCGCGGCUUCCUUGGAGUAGUCACUAAUGCUCUUGUUAAGGUGACAUGUGCUCCGUCCUGCAUGCCAGCAUGUGCCCCGUCAUGCGUCGCUCUACAGCCAAUGCUGCCGCCACCCCCUCCACCGAUGACACCUGCUCCAGCUACUCCAGCUCCGGUAGCAUCACUGCAGUGUGCAGCAUCCUGCAUGCCGUCAUGUCUCCCGUCGUGUACCCAACAGGUACAAACGGCUCAAAUAGCCGUUCCAUGUGGAAACCCAUGCUAUUGCCAGCCAGGUUACGUACAGUGUGCUGAGACGAUGUGCUGCAUAAAGUGA